GUCAGCGGCGGCGCUAGCUCCGAAGCGGACUAGAGGCCUAUGCGACCUCUCAACCUCGCAACGCGUCUUCAUACCGCGUUUUCAAUUAACGCGAAAUCCAAAAUUCACCAGGAAAUGAAAUCUCAGCCGUCGACCCCUCGACCCACAACCCACCUGCAUACAUCGCCGUCCCUUACUAACCUGCCGCCUACCUAGUCGUCGAUUAGUCGUCCGCGACACGUAACGCUUUCUCCCACCUACACAUACCACAGGCUACUCACUCACCGCACUCGGGCUAUGUAAAUCGGGCGUACUGGCCCCCUAAACUUCUCCCACAAACAACAGCCCCCCCCCAAGCGUGCAAGAUGGAUCGCCAAUCGGUCUACUCGGUUUCUGUCUUUCAGUCCAACUCGGGGCCUAACGAGGACAGCCGGCUGCAAAUACUGGAGCAGCUAAUGACCUUCAUCCUCCAGUUUAGACACGACAAUAUCUUCGUGUAUAGAGACCAAUUACGAGAGAACGCGCUGUUAAAGAAGUAUUUCUGCGAUGUGAAUAUCACUGACUUGAUCAAGUACAACGAGGAGCUUGCGCACCGGCUGGUGACGGAACCCGCCGAUAUCAUUCCCCUGUUCGAAACGGCCCUCAAGAAGUGCACACACCGGAUUGUCUUCCCCCACGACCCGAAGGCCGCAAUUCCCGAACAUCAGCUCCUCCUCCACUCCAACGCCGAAGAUGUCUCUAUCCGCCACCUCGACUCCGAGACCAUCGCCCGCCUCGUUAGGGUACCCGGCAUCGUCAUAGGCGCCUCCGUCAUGUCUUCCAAAGCCACCGAGUUACACAUCCAAUGCCGAAAUUGUCUACAUGCCCAGACGCUACCCAUCCUCGGCGGGUUCACCGGCGUCGCCCUCCCUCGACAGUGCGGCCGCCAGAGGGCCGCGAAUGACCCGUCCGAGAAGUGUCCCCUCGAUCCGUAUUUUGUGAUUCACGAGAAGUCUGUCUUUGUGGACCAGCAGAUCAUAAAACUCCAGGAAGCCCCCGAUCAGGUACCCGUCGGAGAGUUGCCGCGACACGUACUGAUUUCCGCCGAUCGAUACCUCACGAACAGGGUGGUUCCGGGAUCGAGAUGCACCAUCAUGGGCAUCUUCUCGAUUUACCAGAACAAGGGCUCCCGGAACUCGUCGACCGGCGGUGCCGUGGCUAUUCGAACACCCUACCUCAGAGCGGUAGGCAUCCAGACGGAUAUGGACUCCACGGCGAAGGGGCACUCGGUGUUCUCCGAGGAGGAGGAGCAGGAGUUUAUGGAACUCAGCAGGCGGCCUGAUCUGUACAACAUCAUGGCCGACUGCAUUGCCCCGUCCAUCUACGGGAAUCGGGAUAUCAAGAAAGCCAUACUGUGCCUACUUCUCGGAGGCUCGAAAAAGAUCCUGCCUGACGGCAUGAAGCUCCGAGGCGACAUCAACGUGCUCCUCCUCGGCGACCCGGGUACGGCGAAGUCGCAGCUGCUGAAGUUCGUCGAAAAGGCCGCGCCUAUUUCCAUCUACACGUCGGGCAAGGGCUCGUCCGCGGCCGGUCUGACGGCGUCGGUGCAGCGGGACCACUCAACGCGGGAGUUCUACCUGGAGGGCGGAGCGAUGGUGCUGGCGGACGGCGGGGUGGUGUGCAUCGACGAGUUCGACAAGAUGCGGGACGAGGACCGGGUCGCGAUCCACGAGGCGAUGGAGCAGCAGACCAUCUCGAUCGCCAAGGCGGGCAUCACCACGAUCCUCAACGCGCGCACGUCGGUCCUCGCGGCGGCGAACCCCAUCUUCGGCCGCUACGACGACCUCAAGACCCCCGGCGAGAACAUCGACUUCCAGACCACCAUCCUGUCCCGCUUCGACAUGAUCUUCAUCGUCAAGGACGAGCACACGCGCGAGAAGGACGAGCGCAUCGCCAAGCACGUCAUGGGCAUCCACAUGGGCGGCCGCGGCCUCGAGGAGCAGGUCGAGGGCGAGGUCCCCGUCGAGAAGAUGCGGCGGUACAUCAGCUACUGCAAAUCGCGGUGCGCGCCGCGCCUGUCGCCCGAGGCGGCGGAGAAGCUGUCAUCGCACUUCGUGUCGAUCCGGAAGCAGGUGCACGCGUCGGAGCUGGAGGCGAACGCGCGGUCGAGCAUCCCGAUCACGGUGCGGCAGCUGGAGGCGAUCGUGCGGAUCACGGAGGCGCUGGCGAAGCUGACGCUGUCGGCGGUGGCGACGGAGCAGCACGUGGACGAGGCCAUCCGGCUGUUCCUGCGCAGCACCAUGGACGCCGUGUCGCAGGGGACGUCGGCCGGGCCCGGCGGCGCCGGCGCCGGCAACCGCGAGCUCGCCGACGAGGUCGCCCGCGUCGACGCCGAGCUGCGCCGCCGCCUCCCCAUCGGCUGGAGCACCAGCCUCGCCACCCUCCGCCGCGAGAUGGUCGACGGCCGCGGCUUCUCCGAGCUCGCCCUCAACCGCGCCCUCAUGAUCCUCCAGCGCCGCGACACCAUCAUGUUCCGCAACCAGGGCACCCAGGUCUACCGGAACGGCGCUUGAGGAGGAGGAGGAGGAGGAGGAGGAGGAGGAGG